GAAUUGUGGGAACAUGAGGGGACGUCCGACCUGGAGUUGUAAUGGCGACGAAUAUCGAGCAGAUUUUUCGGGAUUUUGUAAUGAAUAAAAUAAAAGAAAUAGAGGAUGAAGGUCACGAUAACAGUGUAACAGGUGAAGAGCAUUCCAAAUUGGGAGAGAGUCUCUCCAGCUGUACCGUAGGCACAGAGGACACCAGCAGUCUACCCCUUGCCUGUUCUGCUGAAGCUGCUAGCACACAGACGACAGGCACCGACAAAAUCCCUGGCUCUGUAGAAGCAAAUAAGGACCCAGCCAGCAGAGAGGCGAGCAGCACCCCACGCAAGAAAAGCAAGAAGCACAAGCGACACAAGAGCAAGAAGAAGAAGAAGAAACGGAAGGAGGAGAAGGAAAGCAGCUCAGACUCACUAUCAGAGUCAGAUGGAGAGACACAGGCCAACACGAAGAAGAAAAAGAAGAAAAAAAAGAAACGACGGAAAGAAGGAGAGAAAAAGUCCCGAUCGCACUCACCCACAGAGAGUACAUCAGCAUCAGGGACCGAGUCUGAAUCGGAAAACAAAACCUCUGUGGCCACCUCUAAGAACGUUUCGGAGAAGUCUGGAGGCCAGGAGAAGGGAAGACCUCAAGAACUACCUGACAUCAUUCCAAAAGUUGAUAAUGCUGCUUCAAAGGCCACAGAAAACGCAACUAGAGACAUGAAAGAAAAAUCCAAAGACAAAAAGCAGUCCAAGAAAAGCCGCAGUAGGUCUCCAAGAACAAAAUCCUCUCGAAAAGAAAGCUCAAGAAAGUCCCGAUCGGCAUCGAGGAGGAAAUCCAGAUCUAGAUCUAGAAGUAAAAAUGGUCACAAAUCGGGAAGGCACAGGUCUAGGUCUCCAUCUGUCAGACGAUCACAACGCAAGUCCCGAUCUCCUAAACGGGGGAGACGCUCAAGGUCAGCCUCUCGGCAUGGCAGGAAAACAAGGUCCAGGUCACACUCUUCACGACGAAACAGACGUUCGAGGUCACAAUCACGGCGCAGGUCUCGAUCAGCAAGGCGGAACAGGCGGACUCGAUCAAGGUCCGUCGUCAUAUUAAGAAGUGAAAGGUCACGAAACCAGAAGAGUCAACGGUCACGGUCCAAGUCAUUGCAUUCUCCACGGCAGUCAAGAUCCAGGUCUUCAGACAGGACUUCCAGGUCACGUUCUCCUCAUGCUGCUAGGCAUUCUAAAUCCAGGUCAGGGUCUCAAUCCGCAGACAAAGAGCAGGUCCAAAGGGCACCGUCAGACUCUAGGGAGAUCAAAAGUUCUAGUGAAGCACUUGAGAAGGCAACAGACCAGGAUGUGUGUCUGCCUACAAACACCACUGAACCACCUGCCACCUGCAAUACUGAGAAAGACAGCACAGGUGCCGUCGAUAACGCUACGUCUAAAGGGUCUUGGAAACCGGUGCCCUUUGUUCCUGUUGGCUCAACGCCUGUAGCGGGAGAUUCAAACAGCACUGCUGAGGACCCAGCACAGGAACGAACAACUGCCCAGGUGCCUUCAAAUGAGCAGAGCUCAAAUGUGAAGCCUGUCUCUGGAGAGGCUUCCUCUCUUCUCAUAGACUCUUGUGUGCCUCAAGGUGAUGUCCCCACUAAAAUGUCGGAGAACCCAGCUGAGAAAGACAGUCAUGUCUCUGCACCCCCUAAGAAGGAGAAAGGCUCAGCGUCACCGUCGCCCUCAGGGAGAGGUUCGAAAUCCCCAAAUCGUCAGAGGCAUUCUGCGUCCAGUUCACCAAGAGGAAAACGCUCCAGGUCAACCUCGAGGAAACGAAAGUCCAAGUCAAAAUCUCCAGAGAAAAGCAAGAAAUCAAGGUCAUCCUCACGCAACAGAAAGAAGAAAUCAAAAACUCCCUCGCGAAGGAGGAGGUCCAGGUCUAAAUCCAGAACACGAUCAAAGCGCUCCAAAUCCAGGUCACCCAAGAGGAAAAGGUCAAAGUCUCGUUCUCCAGGACGACGCAGGCGCUCCAGAUCUCGCUCCUCUGGCCGGAACAGGAGGUCACGGUCUCGCUCCGGGUCCAGGCGAAGAAGGGGGGGUGGAUUCGGUACGCAACGGUUUAGUGGACGUGACCGGUGGAAACGUGAGCCAAGCCACUCGCCUGUGCUCAUUCUGCGCAAGAAGCGGUCAUCGUCACAAACACGGAGAAGCGCCAGUAAGACACCACCACGUCUCACUGAACUGGAUAAAGACCAGCUGCUAGAGAUCGCCAAGGCUAAUGCUGCUGCUAUGUGUGCCAAAGCUGGCAUGCCCAUUCCUGAGAGCCUGCGACCCAAAGCCCUCCAGUUGCCCCUACCCACCCCAAACCAAUCAUCUCUCUCCUUACCACUGCCCUUACCUAAUAUGCCAGGGAUGGGUAUGCCAUCGAUGCAAGGCAUGGGUGGCAUGCAAGGCAUGGGUGGCAUGCAGGGCAUGGGUGGCAUGCAGGGAAUGGGUGGCAUGCAAGGCAUGGGUGGCAUGCAGGGCAUGGGUGGCAUGCAAGGCAUGGGAGGCAUGCAGGGCAUGGGUGGCAUGCAAGGCAUGGGUGGCAUGGGUGGAAUGCAGGGCAUGGGUGGCAUGCAGUGUAUGGGAGGGAUGCCAGGCAUGGGAGGGAUGGGUAUGGGUUUGCCAGCUGCUAUGAACGCUGCUAUGGCCAGCACAAUUGCCGCCACCAUGACUGCAGCCAUGUCGAGUAUGGGGGCCCUGGCAGGUAUGCAGCCUUUCCCACCCCUUCCCACCAUUACCAACAAGCCUCCACCGGCACCCACUCCGAACUUGACUAAUAUUGAGGAGGCUAAAAAGAAGGUCACUAAACAAGUUAACAGCAUCAGCAUCAAGGAGUUCACAGAGAAAUGCAAGAAAAUAUCUGAGAGCAAAGAGGAGAUGGCUGUUGCCAAGCCCCAUGUGUCGGACGACGAAGAUGAGGGGAAGAUGUUUGCUGGAGGAGCCCUGAAGGAGAACAAGGGCAUCUCCUUCAGCCUCAAUAACGCCACGGUGAAGCCGGCCCCGCCGCGCACAGACGCCGCCUACGCCAAGGAGUUCCCGGUGUCGUCCGGCUCGCAGCACCGCAAGAAGGAGAGCGAGGGGGCGUACGGCGAGUGGGUGCCCGUGGAGAAGAGCGACAAGGCCUCCGCUAACGCCGCAGCCUCGACUGCCGCCGGAGGGUCGACUGCCGCAGCCCCGGAGGAGCCGGUGAAAGACAGCGACAGCGUGUUUCCGGAAGCACCCUCACAGCCAGUGGACAUUACAGUGGCCGUGAGCGAACGUGCCGAGGCUCAGAAGCGUCUUGCGGAAAACCCCUUCGACGUGAGCGCCAUAUGCAUGCUAUCCCGAGCGCAGGAACAGGUGGAUGCGUGGGCCCAGUCGAACACCAUCCCAGGUCUCUUCACAGGCUCCACGGGAGCGCAGGUGCUCUCCUCAGACGAGUUGUCCAACAGUGGCCCGCAGGCUUGGAUCAAGAAGGACCAGUUCCUGCGGGCGGCGCCGGUGUCGGGCGGCAUGGGCGAGAUGCUGAUGCGCAAGAUGGGCUGGCGCUUGGGCGAGGGCCUGGGCAAGCACCGCGAGGGCACCGUGGAACCCAUCAUCAUUGACUUCAAGAUCGACCGCCGAGGUUUGGUGGCAGAGGGGGAGAAGACCCAGAAGUCUGGAGGUCUGAUUGUGAUGAAGGACCUAAUGGGGAAGCAUCCAGUGUCUGCCCUGAUUGAGCUGUGCAACAAGAAGAAGUGGUUACCCCCAGAUUUUGUCUUGGUGCAUCACAGCGGCCCGGACCAUCGCAAGAACUUCCUCUUUAAGGUGGUGGUGAACGGGAGUGAAUACCAGCCGCAGACGCCCAGCCCCAACAAAAAACACGCCAAGGCCAUGGCCGCCACCGUGGCACUGCAAGCCAUGGGCGAGGUCUCUGGCGACAGCGUCCCCACCGGCCCUGUGUUUACCGCUGCCUCGACAACCUGAGCUCUCAAACACACACACGCAGACAGUAGACUAUUCACUCAGCAGCUACACACACACAUAAUGUAUACAUACAUGGUGUAAAGACAGAAUAACUCUCCCACUCACCUGUACAGCCCACACUCAGACGCAUAUGCUCUCACCUGGCUGUGAGACACACACACACACACACACACAUACCCUGUUUAGGGCAGAGCGAGUUUGAUGACCAUGCUUACUUAGAUCAGCACCUCUUUGGGUUGCAUUUCAAAAACAAAAUGGUAAUGCAUUCUGCAUUUUUUCACAGAAAAACAAGUGAGUAUAUAUUUCCCCCUAUAUCACCGGGAGAUUUUUUUUUGCCCCUUCACCCCACCCCUACCCCCUUAUUUUUAAAAAUGCCUCGUCCUUGUUUUAAGAAAAAAAAUGUAAUUUAGAUGCACAUAGGCAUUUCUUUGAAGAGGCUCAGACCUUGUGUGGAUAAUGGCAGAACUCUGUAUGUUUUUAUUAAUUUGUUCUUUGAACUGCAUUAAAGGUUGAAUUGUGUCUGUUGAA